GAAGAAGAAGCAGAAGAAGAAAAAGAAGAAGAAGAAGAAGAAGCAGAAGAAGAAGCAGAAGAAGCAGAAGAAGAAGAAGAAGAAGAAGAAGAAGAAGAAGAAGAAGAAGAAGAAGAAGAAGAAGAAGAAGAAGAAGCAGAAGAAGAAGCAGAAGAAGCAGAAGAAGAAGAAGAAGAAGAAGAAGAAGAAGAAGAAGAAGAAGAAGAAGAAGAAGAAGAAGAAGCAGAAGAAGAAGAAGAAGCAGAAGAAGAAGCAGAAGAAGAAGAAGAAGAAGAAGAAGAAGAAGCAGAAGAAGAAGAAGAAGCAGAAGAAGAAGAAGAAGCAGAAGAAGAAGAAGAAGAAGCAGAAGAAGAAGAAGAAGAAGCAGAAGAAGAAGAAGAAGAAGAAGAAGAAGAAGAAGAAGAAGAAGAAGAAGAAGCAGAAGAAGAAGAAGAAGCAGAAGAAGAAGCAGAAGAAGAAGAAGAAGAAGAAGAAGAAGCAGAAGAAGAAGAAGAAGCAGAAGAAGAAGAAGAAGCAGAAGAAGAAGAAGAAGAAGCAGAAGAAGAAGAAGAAGAAGCAGAAGAAGAA